GAAGGUGCAAUAAAUAAUUAGGAAAUUUCCUCCUUCGUUCACCUAUAUAUAUUCCUAAAAUUAGAUACUCUCUUCGUUCGUUCCAAAGAUUUAAUUCCCUCUCUUUUUAGAGUAGUUUUCUUACCCUCCAAACAAACAACCCCUUAUUUUUUCUAACUUCCCAAAAUUAAACUGCUCAAAUUUUCUAUAAUCUAGAAUUAGCAGAAGCAUUCUUCACUGUAAAAAUUCAGAAAAUGGGUGAGAAGAAAGAAGGAGAUCAGAAGAAGAACGAUGGACAGAAAAAGGGCGGCGGUGGAGAUGGUGGAUCCACCACCGUCGUUUUGAAGUUUGACAUGCAUUGUGAAGGCUGUGCUAAGAAGGUCCGGAGAUCAAUGAAGAAUUUCAAUGGAGUGGAAAGUGUCAAGACAGAUUGUUCAGCAGGCAAACUGACGGUGGUUGGAAAGGUGGACCCAGUAAAGAUCAAGGAGAGGGUGGAGGAGAAAACUAAGAAAAAGGUGGAACUAUUAUCUUUCCAACCAAACAAGCCCUCUAACAAGGAAGGUGGCGGUGGCGGCGGCGGCGAGAAAAAGUCCGAUGGUGGUGGAGGUGAGAAAAAGUCCGAUGGCGGUGAGAAAAAAGCCGAUGAUAAAAAGUCAGAGGCGAAAUCUGAUGACAAGAAGUCAGAGGAUAAGAAGGAGAAAGCCCAGGAAAAGCCCAAGGAGCCUCAAGUGGCUACCGUAUUAUUGAAGACGAGGGUACACUGCGAAGGAUGUGCUCAAAAAAUAAAGAAAAUUGUUGGCAAGUGUGAUGGUGUACAAGAUAUUAAUGUGGACUUACAAAAAGAUGUGAUCACGGUUAAGGGUACAAUGAACAUGAAAGAUAUGUUGCCUUACUUGAAUAUUAAGCUAAAGAGAAACGUAGAGAUUGCUGCUCCUGCAAAGAAAGAUGACAAAGCUGGUGGGGACAAGAAACCCAAAGAAGGCGGUGGUGGUGGAGCAAAAGAAAAACCUAAAGAAGGCGGUGGUGGUGGGUCAUCAGAAAAACCAAAAGAAGGUGGUGGUGGUGGUGGAUCAUCGGAAAAAGGUAAAGGAGGCGGGGAGAAAAAGGAAGGUGGAGGAAAGAAAGAUGGGGGUGAGGGGAAUGCAUCAAAGGGAGAAAAUGUAACGAAAAUAGAGGUGAACAAAAUGGAGUAUAACCCUUACGGUUAUGGGUAUGGCGCUCAAGCAUACACUUAUGACCCAAGGCAGCAAGGGGAAAGCAGCUAUAGUCACCAAGUUGCAGAUUAUUGGCAUGAACCCGAAUUUUCUCACCCGCCCCAGAUGUUCAGUGAUGAGAAUCCCAACGCCUGCUCAGUUAUGUGAAUAUGUGAUUGGGUUGAAUUUCAAUUUCAAUUUCAAUUUAUUGGUUUAGUAGUUCUACCACUUUUUUUAAACAAUGUAAAUAGCUGAUUAGUGAGGCAGAGCUUAAUAUCGAUAUUACUAAAUAUUAUCUUUUACUAUAUAUAUCUGACGAGAGCAGAGUUAGUUAGA